AGUCUCCUUCCCAACCACAGGAGCUUGACUGUUGUAAACAUGGCGGCCGCUGUGUGCAGAGUUCUGUCCUUCACUAGGAACGCUAAGGCUCUCCUUCAACCAGUGAGGUUGACUGCUGCACCCGUCCACCGAUACAGCGUGGAGGUUUCAAGUACCGGCGAGGCUAUCACUCAUACCGGCCAGGUGUUUGAUGAAAAAGACCCAAGAAGAGCUCGGUUUAUUGGAAAACAGAAAGAGGUGAAUAAGAAUUUUGCCAUCAACCUUGUGGCAGAAGAGCCAGUGACACACUUGGAGGCCAGAGUGGUGUCUUGUGAUGGAGGCGGAGGAGCACUUGGACAUCCCAAAGUCUACAUCAAUUUGGAUAAGGACACAAAGGUGGGGACAUGUGGCUACUGUGGACUGCAGUUCAAGCAGAAGCAUCAUCACUGAAGCAUCAGCCCUGUAUUUGCUUCUCUGUAUAAAAUAAAUUAUGUUGUCUAACUGGGA